AUCUAAUUUAAAAAAAUGGAAGGAUAUGAUUCCUUGGUUUUUAAUAUCUUUACAAGAUAUUUUUAAUAUCUUUACAAAAUAUUUUUUAAUAUCUUUCCAAGAUAUUUUUUAAUAUCUUUACAAGACUUUUUACAGCUUACCUAUGAAUGUUUGUUUUUUAAAAAAUCGUGUACCGGAACUUAACUUCUCAAAGAACAGUACAUUUCUAUUAGGCAAGGUUGAUUGGGUAAUAGCCCCGACUGUUAUUACAAUGUUUUGUAUUGCAACCAUCUCUUUAAGACCUGAUUUUAGAUAGUCUGAAGGAAGAUCUGACAAGUUUGUAUGACAGCUCCAUACUGAGCAAGUGCAAGGUAAUACUCUUAAAGAAAAAUUAUUCAAACUUCGGUAAUGUAAUUCUAUGUUUAUAGCAUAGAUUUCUAACCCAGAACUUGCUGGUUUGAUAAUUCAAAAAGAUUUAAAGCUGCUUUUUGAGGAAAAAUCUGUAUUUACCUAUAGAUAUUAUGUAGCUCACUUCUUUUUAUGGAUGUGGGGUUGUCCUCAUCAAGGCAAAAAUUUUAACUUUCUUAGACAGACAUUUCUUUGACUUACUUGCCUGAUACGUAAACCGUUGAUAUUCAACCUGGGGUACAUGUGCCUGUGGCGGCAGACAAGUUUUCUAAGAGGUAAACAGUUACAGAUGUCUUUAAGGAAAUUAAUUUUUAGACAUGUACUCUUUCUGAUAAUUGAUCUCCUGAGAAAAAUGUGAAGUUUCUGAAUUUUAAAGAAGAGCUUGUUCAUAUAUUUUCUCAAAUGGGUGAUGGUUACUGUCAAAUUGUUGUAGUAUUUAGAUUGCAUUGAACACAUUUAGUAAAGUGCUAUAAGCUUUUUAAUAUAAUGGCAAUAUUUAUAAUAUGCUGGAAAUUACAUUUUUUACAACUGUUGAAAUCCAUGGUGAAAAUUUUUAGAUGUUGUCUUAGGUUGGGUUCUCCAGAGAAGCAAAACCAGUAAAGUGUAUAAAUAUCUAUAGAGAGAGAUUUAUAUCAAAGGAACGGCUCACGCAUUUGUAGAGACUGGAAUAUCCCAAGUCUGUGGAUUAGGAUAGUGGCUUCUCCCAAUUCACAUAGCCGCAGGGACUGGCGAGCCCAAGAUUGGUAGGUUGAAAAGCAGGGCUCUUGCUCACAGGCUGUGAAUAUCCAUGAAUACCAGGAUUGGCAGAUAAGCUUAUAUAGCUCAAGUCCCAAGAACCAGAGGUCAGACAAACAGGAGGCAGCCACAGGAUCCAGAGUGAGCAAAAAGCCAGAACGUCUGCUUAUAUUUGGAUGCACACCCCCAAGAAAACUCCCUUUCGACUGACGGGCUGCUCACAGCAGAUGCCAUCAUGGGGUAAUCACAUAUAAACACUGAGAAUCAUGGCCCAGCCACAUUGACACACAAUCUUAGCCAUCACUGUCCACCCCUUGUCAACUUGGCACAUGUACACAUCUCCUUAAACCAUACAUAAUCUCUGAAUAAAGACAAUUAUAAAGUCAAACUUGCUGCAAACAUGAUACAGCUAACGUGUAUAACCAAAAACACACUACUCCCAUUUACAUCUUGUAUUUUAUAAAUGAAGAAAACGAAAAUAUUUGAUGCACACAUACAAAGCAGAAAUACUCAUAACAGUUGUAGUCCGUGUUGCUGCAACUGGUCAUGUGGCCCUAACUGGUAUUUAGAACUCCCUUCUAUCACAUAUUCCGUAUUCCCUUUGCCCUCAGCAAAUACCUCAGCUGGUCAUGGUUCUUUGCCUGGUGGAAUGACCCAAACCAUUCCUGAAGGGUCUGGGUCAUUAGUAGUCAUGUCAGAAUUGGGUUGCUGUAGUUUUUCAUUGACUUUAGUCACAGGGCAUGGUAGUACUAAGAGAUGCCCUAAGGGAUCUCCUGCAUUCCAGACAUACUCUUCUUUACCUCCAUUAUGUAGUAUCAAUCCGAUUUCCUCUUGGUAGUCAGGAUCAAUCACACCAGCCAGUAACCCAGUGCUGCCGAGUCGAUUCUGACUCAUAGCGAGCCUAUAGGACAGAGUAGAACUGCCCCAUAGAGUUUCCAAGGAGCGCCUGGCAGAUUCAGACUGCCGACCCUUUGGUUAGCAGCCGUAGCACUUAACCACUAUGCCACCAGGGUUUCCCACCAGCCAAUAUGGUGUGUUAAUCCAGAGGCAUGAGGAGCCCAGAGUGGCCAGGUGUCAUUCUUAGCUUCCUGCUUAACGGAAUCAGUGAUAUGUCUCCAGACGGGAGCAUUCCUUCUUUUGAAAUGAAGACCUCUAGACCUGCAGAGCGUAAGGUUGCAGGGACAGGAAGCAAGAAUCUUGCAAGGGGGUGGCUAGGGGUAAUAGUCAGUGGUGCCACUCCCAUUUACACCCCUUAAUUCCUAGAGUCAUGAAUCCUGCCUAUGGGAGAAACAGCACCAUAUACUGGAUGCUGGUUUAGAGCAUAUACAGCCUCCUGGAGAACAUUGCCCCAACCCUGUAAGGUAUUGACACCUAGGUGGCCCUGUAAUUGUGUCUUUGGAAGGCCAUUCCAUUGUUCUCUCUAGCCAGCUGCUUCAGGAUGAUGGGGAACAUGGUAAGACCAGUGAAUUCCUUGAGCGUGGGCCCACUGUCACUCUUCAUUUGCUGUGAAGUGAGUCCUUUGAUCCAAGGCAAUGCUGUGUGGGAUACUUUGACGGUGGGUAGGUCAUUCUGUAAGUCCACGGAUGGUAGUUUUGGCAGAAGCAUUGCAUGUAGGGAAGGCAAAUCAUAUCUGGAGUGUCUGUUCCAGUAAGGACAAAACACUGCACUUUCCAUGAUGGAAGUGGUCCGACGUAAUCAACUUGGCACCAGGUUGCUGGCUGAUCACCUUGAGGGAUGGUGCCAUAUCAAGGACUCAGUGUUGGUCUCUGGAGACUGGAUGCUCAGCAGUGGCUGUAGCCAAGUCAGCCUUGCUGAGUGGAAGUCCGUGUUUCUGGGCCCACGCAUAACCUCAAUCUCUGCCACCAUGGCCACUGUGUUCAUGAGCCCAUUGAGUGAUGAUGGGAGUUUUCCAUAGAAAUGUCAUCCUAUCCAGCUGAUUGUUAAAAUCAUCCUCUACUGAGGUCACCCUUUGGUGAGCAUUCACAUGAGACACAAAUGUCUUCACUUCUUUGGCUCAUUCAGAGAGGUCUAUCCAUAUACCUCUUCCCCAUAAAUGCUUGCCUCCAGUUUUCCAAUUGUGUUCCUUCCACGUCCGUGACCAUCCAACCAAACCAUUGACCACAGCCCAUGAAUCAGUAUAAAUCACAUAUCUGACCAUAUCUCUUUCCAAGCAGAGUGAACAGCUAGGUGCACUGCUUGAAGUUCUGCCCAUUGAGAGGAUUUCCCUUCACCACUGUCCUUCAGGGAGGUCCCACAGAGGGGCUGUAGUGCUGCCACUGUCCAAUUUCAAGUGGUUCCUGCAUAUUGCAUAGAACUGUCUGUAAACCAGGCACCAGUUUUGUCUUCUACAGUCAACAGAUCAUGAGGAACUCCAUGAGGCUGUAGGUGCACACUGGGAGAUGGAAGGUAAUUCAACAGGAGUGGAGGCCAUAGACGUUUGGGCUACUUCCUCAUGCAACUUACUUGUGUCUUCAGGUCCUGCUCAGGCCUGAUCUUGUAUUUAAUGAUGGAGUGCUGCUGUGCAUGUCCAACUUUAUGAGUCUGUGAGUCAGAAAAUACCCAGUUCACCAUAGGCAGCUUAGGCUGCAUGGUGACUUGGUGUCCCAUUGUUAAGUGUUCAGUCUCUACUAAGGUGCAGUAACAAGUCAAAAGCAGUUUCUGAAAAUGAGAGUAGUUAUCUGCAGAGGGUGGCAGUGCCUUGCUCUAAAAUCCUAAGUGUCUGUACAGUGAUUAAUCAGUAGGGUCCUGUCAAAGACUCCAGACAGCAUCCCUAUCUGUCACUGACACAUCAAGUACCAUUGGAUUAGCAGGUUCAUAUGUUCCAAGUGGCAGAGUGGCCUACACAGCAGCCUGAAUGUGUUGCAGAGCUUUCUCUUGUUAUGGGCAGCAUUCAAAACCAGCAGCUUUUCAAGUCACUUGAUAAAUAGGCCAGAGUAGCACACCCAGAUGAUGGAUAUGUUGCCUCCAAAAUCCAAAGAGUCCCACUAGGCUUUGUGCCUUCUUUUUAGUUGUGGGUGUAGCCAGAUGCAAUAACUUAUCAUUCACUUUAGAAGGAAUAUUUUGAUACGCCACACACCUCGGGACCCCUAGAAAUUUCACUGUGGUGGAAUUUUUGUGGGAUUAAUUUCCCACCCUCUAGCAUGCAAAUGUUUUACCAAUAAGUCCAGAGUCAUGGACAUUUCUUCCUUACUUGUUUUAAUCAGCAUAGUGUCAUCAAUGUAAUGGAUUAGUGUGACAUCUUGUGGAAGGAAAAGGCGAUCAAGGUCCCUGUGGACUAAAUUAUGACAUAGGGCUGCAGACUUGAUGUAGCCCUGAGAUAGGCAAGUGAAGGUGUAUUGCUGGCCUUGCCAGAAGAAGGCAAACUGUUUCUGAUGGUCCUUCGAAACAGUUAUGGAGAAAAAGGCAUUAGACAGAUCAAUAGCUGCAUAUCAGGUACCUGGAGAUGCAUUAAUUUGCUCAAGCAGCGAAACUACAUCUGGAACAGCAGCUGCAGUUGGAGUCAGUGCCUGGUUAAGUUUUUGAUAAUCUACUGUCAUUCUUCAAAAUCCCAUCUGUGUUUUGCACAGGCUGGAUAGGCGAGUUGAAUAGGGAUGUGAUGGGAAUCACCACCCCUAUAUCCUUCAAGUCCUCGAUGGUGACAUUAAUCUCUGCAGUCCCUCCAGGAACAUGGUAUUGCUUUCGGUUGACUAUUUUCCUAGUUCUGUGUUUUCCAGCACCGAACAUAACUUGUAAGGAUUUCAGUGGCAAUGAAACACAUUUUACCGGAAACGAAGUUGGUUUUCUUAAGCCCAUAUCUUGCCGAAAUGUAAAUGGAUAUUCAUACAAAGUGGCAGUUGCUCUGUCUCUUUUUCUUGGAUGGUUGGGAGCAGAUCGAUUUUACCUUGGGUACCCAGCCUUGGGUUUGUUAAAGUUUUGCACUGUAGGGUUUUGUGGAAUUGGAAGCCUAAUUGAUUUCAUUCUUAUUUCAAUGCAGCUUGGAAGAUGGGAAUCUGGAGUUGUUCACAACCAUCGUCAUGAUACCAGUGGAGAGUGCGUAUCUGCAGAAUUAAGACAAACAGAGCUAAGGAAAAAGAUUGUUGGACCUUCAGAUGGAAGUAGUUACAUUAUAGAUUACUAUGGAACCAGACUUACAAGAUUGAGUAUUACUAAUGAAACAUUUAGAAAAACACAGUUGUAUCCCUAAAUAUUUUUUAAAAAAGAUUUGAGCCUCCUUGAUUAUAAUAGAGAACUCCUUCCCAGUGUGUGAAUUUCCAAAUUUGUCUUUUUUCCUUCUUUACAUACCACUUUAUGAGUUCUCCAUAAUUUUCUGCUGUUGAUAAUUUUGUUUUAUUGUUUUAGUUAAAAACGUAUUUUUCUGAGAUUUAUUUAAUAGGACUUUCUUUGAGAGCUGUAUGAUAAUAAAGUCUUUCUAAGUCUACUAUCUCUGUGAGAUAGAUAGCUUAUUACCCUGAUAUGCUUUAAUGUCUUUUCCAAAGACAAGUUGCCACUUGUCAUUUUUGCUUCUGAAAAAUAAAAGUAUGACUUACUCACA